AACAUUUUCUCAGUUACUGAGUAAAUCGCGAUGAGUGUGCAUCGUCAGUGUUACGCGUUUUCUUACGGUAACCGUUGUAUAUAACAAAAAAAAUUAAUAAAAAUAAUUAUAUACAUACAUUGAGAUAUACUCGCAAGUAAUUGCUGAACAGUUUAAAAAUAAAUAAUAUAUAAAUAAAUAAAAACAAUUUACAACAAAACAAAAAAUUCAAAUCAAUUUUAAUUCAAAGGUUUAAACAAUAAUCUGCAGAGUGUGUGAAAAUAAAGUGAAGAGAGAUUUGUGAAAAAAGAAGCAAAAAUAAAAAUCAAAAAGAAAAAAGUUUUAACCGCGCUAAUUUAACAACAACAAAGUUUAAAGAAAGCAGUGCAGUAGUUUAUUUUUCUGUCUAAAGAAAGCCCGCGAAUUUGUCCCCCCCAUUUUUCGAUUAAUUUUUUUUAUUUUUUAAUUAAUCAUUUUUUCUUUGCUUUGAAAAUUAAAAAAAAAAUUGUGUCUUUCAUUUGAAGUAAAAGAAAAUUGUUUUUCUCUCUCUCUUCCUCUCGAUGAUUACGUUUGUGUGAAUUUAAUUUUUGUUUUUUUUUUUGAAAAAAAAAGAAAAAUCUUCAUAAAUAAAAAUAAGAAAAUUACAAAACAAAGAAAGAAUUAUUCACGUGUGAUCGCGGCGAACAUGAGGAAUAAAAGGAAACUUUUGCUAGGAUGAAAUUAUGGGGUUCAAUUAAUUUUUUCGUAAAUGAUAUGAAAACGCACUAAUUUCUUCGGUUAAAGAUGUAUUACUAAUUCGAUUCACAUGUUAAUGACAAGAAGUUAAAAAAAAAAAAACUGAUCUUCAAAGUAAAGAUCGUGUCGAAAUAUAAGUGUCGCGCUAUGCGUUCGCGGGGCUCAUAAGCUCAAAAAGUGAGCUCGUGUAUUAAAAUAACGCGUUCUAAUAGAGCCUUAUCAAGUACCUCUGCGUUCUGAGCUCUAUCGCGCGAAAUUUAAGUAUAAUAUUGUUGAAAACUUUCUAGACUCAACGAAAGAAAGCAAAAAAAGUUCGCGGAAUUCGUAUCCUUCAAGAUCCAACGUAAAAUUCGAGUUCAAUUCGAUUUUUUUUUUAAGUUGUUGUGUUCGUUCGAUUUGGUCCGCGCGCUCCCCUUUCGAUGAUUACCUAUACAUAUAUGUAAAUAGGUGAAUUAAAAGAAAAGUAUAAUUUCUAACAAUAUAAUUCUCGGGCAAAAAUAAAAUUAAUGAUAUUUCCUCCCUCAAAAUAUAUAUGUAUUAUAAAGAAGUGAGUGAAAAGUGAAGAAAAGAAGAAUAAAAAUCUAAAAUUUAAAUUUAAAAAAAAAUAAUUGUGUAAAGAAGUGUCUGAAAUCUUUUUUAAAUCCAUGAAAAAAUUACACAUUUUGUGAAAAUUUCCUUAAAAAAUCCUUUUAAGGAUAUACCAACCUACCUAACCUAAAAAAAGUCGUUUAAACCCCUCUUCAAUUUAUGGAUAUAAAUGAUUGACUAUAAAAAUAAGCAAUCACAUUUAAUACAACAAUUUUUAAAAAAAUAAAUGAAUUAAAUUAAAAAAAAAAAUAUAAAUAUAAUAUCGACACUUUACGCACGAGUUUUCUUUUGGGAGGAGGUCGCCCAUUAGAAUCGCCUCCAUGAAGAACAUAAAGCAAAAUGGUACGAGAGACUCGAAACCUUUGGGUUGGACAUUUACCCGAUACAGCACGUGAGGAUAGGAUACGAGAUCAUUUUAAACGGUACGUGUGCUUUUUGGAUUACAAAUGCGUAGUAAUAGUGCAUAACCAAAAAUAAUGAUGUCCACAGAAGACGUAUCACCACCGAAUUUCGAACAGCGUAGCAGUAGCUACUAUGAACGCAGUUCGAGAUUAGUUACUGAUACAGAACAAUAUAUUAGACGACCAAAUGUUAAUUAUCAUUCUUCGUCUGGUGAUAGCCGGGGGCGUACUAGGGAUAGACUGUACAGAAACGGUCCAUAUAGUUCGAUAAUCGAUAGACCGUCACCCUCAUCAGUGGGCCACCAUAGAGUGCCGUCAUGGUACGACACAAGUCCAGGAGGCAACAACGGUGGAAACAAUGGAAGCAGCAGCAGCAACAGCGGCGUCAACAGUUUACCAAAUCAAACUUGUGCGCCAAGCUCUGCGACAAUAUUGUCAACCGCCAACGCCACCGGUUCCUCAUCAUCUCAAUCACCCGCCGCUUCAAGAACUGUCUACGGGAACGUGGCCAGUGCUGUUGUUCAACCAGAUACAAAUAGUAAUAGCAGCAAUAGCAGUAUAGGUGGAAUAGGAGUUGGAGGUGGUGCUACUAAUAGCUACAACAAUGAUUUACAAAUCUUAAAGAGUAAAAGUAAAAAAUCCCGUUGUGGUUCUGAGUCGCCAUGCAGCGGUAGUAUACAUAAUUUAACAUCCGCGGUAGCAGCAGUUGUUGUUGCAGCAGCUUCAGCGGGCGUCAAUAGUAGCGCAAGUAGUAGUAGUAGUUGUAAUAGUGGUAGUACAAUCAUCGCUGCCCCAAGCAGCAGCACUAGUAAUAAUAAUAAUAAUACAAGUAGUAGUGGCGGUGUUUUAAACAUUGGCCAUAUCCCCUCCUCCUCCUCUACGUCGUCGUCUGCGUUUGGCAACAGCAACAAUAACGCAGCAACAACAACAACACCAACAACAAACAGUAGUCAUAGUUGUCACCUGAUAGAUCGGGGGAACAGCAGUGGGAGCAGCAAUCACAGCCAGCAUAAUCACGAUGGCGGCAGUACGGCGUCAAGUAGAUCGCAUUCGCGAAGUCCAAGCAGCUAUAGUUCGACGCAUAGUUCGUCGUCUAAUUCGCAUGCAUCCAGUCCGGUGUCCGGCAGUGAGCAACCUCCAAGCCGUACGAGAAAUCUUCAAUCGGCUGUGUCAGCUCCUGGCCAAAGUAAACGUAACAGCACGGCUACCUCAUCAUCGUCAACAUCCAGCGGUGGCAGUGGUGGAGGCAGUGGCAAUCCUGUUGUGCAUUCCGAAGAUAACCGGCCGCUGGCAAUACGUGUUCGAAAUUUACCGGCCCGUUCCUCGGAUACAUCCCUUAAGGAUGGUCUCUUCCAUGAGUACAAAAAGCAUGGCAAAGUAACGUGGGUAAAGGUGGUCGGUCAAAACUCAGAGCGUUAUGCGUUAGUUUGUUUCAAGAAACCCGACGAUGUGGACAAGGCUCUCGAAGUGUCACACGACAAAUUGUUUUUCGGUUGUAAAAUCGAAGUUGAACCCUAUCAGGGCUACGAUGUGGACGACAAUGAGUUUCGACCGUACGAAGCCGAACUGGAUGAAUACCAUCCAAAAUCUACGCGCACCCUAUUCAUUGGUAACCUCGAGAAGGACAUAACAGCAAGCGAACUGCGGGCUCAGUUCGAUUGUUUUGGGGAAAUCAUAGAAAUCGACAUCAAGAAGCAGGGAAUGAAUGCAUACGCUUUCUGUCAGUAUUCCAACAUUCUGUCUGUGGUUAGGGCAAUGCGUAAAAUGGACGGAGAACAUCUGGGCAAUAAUCGGAUUAAGUUGGGGUUCGGCAAAUCAAUGCCAACAAAUUGUGUGUGGAUCGAUGGCAUAGCGGAUAAUGUGAGCGAAAGCCACCUGAUGGGUCAGUUCUCGCGAUAUGGAUCCGUUUCGAAAGUGAUCAUCAAUCGAGUGAGCCAAUUGGCGCUCGUCAUGUUCGAUCAGAUUCAAUAUGCGCAAACGGCUGUGAAAGAAAUGCGCGGCACAACGAUGCGAGGUCGCAAACUGCAGGUGGAUUUUGCUUCAAGAGAAUGCCAAGAGGCAUUCUAUGAGAAACUAGAAAAACCAACAGCAGCUGGAAGUCGUUUUAAUCGAUACGAUUCACAAUCGUCAAGAUCACGAGCGUCUUCCUUUAGUCGGCAUCAAAAUUCCAGUGGGAACUGUUCGCCAAACAAUCUAUCAGCAGUUCUAUCGGCGAAUGCGUGUGGUUCCUUGGGUAGCAAUAGUCUGCAAUCUGUUGUUGGCUCUUCAUCGCUGCCAAUAGCGGGCAUUGGAAGCGUUGCUGUCUUAGGUGGUGCAUCAUCAUCAAGCAGCGGCCUAGCCACUUCUGGUGUGAUCACGUCCGUAGGAGUUUUGCCAGCAGUUGCAUCUGGUGUACUUCCAGCUGCAGGCAGCACAACACCGCGAGGCGCACGAUCCAGGAGCUCCCGCCACAAUACCGGUGAUUAUGAGUACUUGUCGGAGCGUAGAUUUCGCAGUUACGACGAAUAUAGCCAAGGAUCGACGGCGUCUCAUGACGAGGAUGCGAUACCGGCGGGUCAACACUGCAGUGGCGGAUAUCCCCAGCGGUCAGACUCGCCUUUGUCGCGAUUGUGUGGCGCGAGCAGUGGUGGUGUUGUUGGUAGUUCUGGCCUCAGCAGUGCUCUUAGUUCUGCUGCUGGAAUUACAGGCAUCAACAACACAAUCGAUACGUUUGAUAUUAGUAAUCCUAAUAAUGGACGACGUCGUUGCGACAAAAGUCCUGGAAAGCAAAAAGGUGAUAUACGAAAUUUACAAAAGGAACGUUCCCAUCUGCUGGAACAACUAGAAGAAUGCCCGUCCAGUGGUGAUGAGUUAGUUAGUCCUAAGAAACGUAUGAAGUUCGAUCAUUCAUCGUCCUUGCAUCACCACAAUCAUCAUCACACAUUAGCCGGAUUGCCGCAGUCGCAUUCAAUUGAUGGUAGCAGCAGCAUCAGUAACAACAAUAGUAAUAGUGUACAACCACCGGCCUUAAUCGGUGAUUCCAACUGUGAUGUUUUAAGCACUGAUACAAAUAGUUCAGCAGCAGUAAUGCAGCAGCAGCAGCAACAACAACAACAGCAACAACAACAACACGCGCAUACGCAUACGCAUUCGCAACCGCAUCCGCAUCCUCACCGGAAAACCAGCAUGUGUGGAGGCGUUGAAGUUAGACGAUUAUCAGAAUGCAAUAGUCUUAAGUAUGGUUCACAACAACAACCACCUCCUCCAUUGCUACACCAUAACCACCAUCAACAGCUGCAGCAACAGCUAUCAAAUAGUAGUAGCAGUAGUAGCCGACGACCGUCCAUUGAAAUAUCCUCGUUGGCUGCAACUGCGCGUUCUGGCAGUAGCAGCGAUCAUACCCACACGCAAAAUUCAACACUAAAUUCGUCAGCGACUUCAGCGACAUCAGGUCUAACAAUGAAUUCAUCGGUAGCCUGCAAGAGGCGAAGAGUUGUCGGGAGUAGUAGUAGCCUUAUGGCGGGUGGUGUACUUGGUGGAGCGCAAUCUUCUUCUUCUUCCACAGCGGCAAGUGGAGGAGCACCAGGUUCAUCAUCAUCAACAACAACAACAAACACGCUUAACGAUGCUAACCACGAAUACCACACUUCAAGAGGUCGCGGUCAUCAAUUACAUUCCCAUCACUCGCAUGAAGCGUCCGGUGGUGAAAGUGCGGACGGCUCACGGCCUGGUACUCCAUUGUGCGAUGAGCGACCCGAAAUUCCAGUACCCAGUGAACCGCGAAGAAUACCACGCGAUCGGCCGCACGAGCCGAUGAUUUUACCGCUGCCAAAGUUUGGCAUCCCAUUUUUUCAACAGUAUCGAAUGGCCGCCACCAAUCAAAUGUACGCUUCCUCAACGUCCUCUAUUGCGGGAGCUCUAUCGUCAUCAGCAUCAGGAUCAUCAUCAUCAGCGUUAGCGUUAGGUGCGACGACAGCAGCGGCAAAUCAUAGUAAUAGUAAUCCUAGUAAUAGUUUAAUAAAUUCAAGUUCUUCUUCUUCUUCUGCAAAUUCGGGGCCGGCGUUACUGUCAAACAGUAGCUGCGGCCAUCAUUCUAGUCUUAGUAGUACGCUGUCGAGUCCGCCUGCUUCGAUGCUAUUGGGUGUGCCUAGAUUAUCCAGUUCAGCAUCUUUGUCGUCGGCGGUGCAUCAUCAUCCGCACCAUCAUCAUCAUCACCACCAUCACCAUCAGCAGCAUAACAAUGCAAGCAGCGGCAUCGGUGGCGGUGUUGGUGGUAAUUCGCAUCAUCUGUCCUCCCAAAUGCUUCAUCAACCAGACUCCUCUCUGGCUAACUCCCUGCGUUCACGUUCACUCAGUACAAAUUCGAGUGAUUCAGAUGCGGGAGCGCGACGCAGUUCGAGUCCAACGCUUGAAGAACGCAUCAAAUCACUUGACGAAUUAUAUGAAAAAUGGAAUGGAGGUGGAAGUAGUCUAACUUCACGACUAAACCAACUGACAGCAUCGACAACGCCGUCCUCAGCGUCCUCUGUAGAUAGUUCGUCCCACCCGCUGCAACACGCCCCUUUCCCGCACUAUCAACACCCGAGCACUGCUGCCAGCAGCAACAGUUCAUCAUUCACACCAACGCGACACAAACUCUUCGAUUUGGAUGUGAAGGAGAUGAAGCCAUCGGACAUAGUGAAAUCGGUUCUGGCGAAAAAAUCCAUCUUCGACGAUGACCUGCAGCGACUGAAGAACAUCAACGAGAAAUACGAACCAGCUGAUGUUUCUCAUUUGUCAAAGACGGUUCUUGCGGCAUCGAUAGCGCCAGCGCUUCCUAAUUUGGCCGCAACCAAAGCACCUAUCGUGGGAUGUGUGUCGCUUAACAAGACAAUACCAAUAGUGACACCACAAAGCGUAACAGCAACAUCUGCGGCAGUGCUACAACGGCUAAGCAAUUCGUCACCGAUGAACAGUCCACAGGGUUCGAUGUCGCCUUAUAAUAGCCCAUCGCAAUCCCCUGUAGUGAGCGGGAGUGCGGCUCCAAAUGGAAGUAAAGUAAUGCCGUCGAUUGAUUCGAAGUCAGCUGCUGUUAUAACGCCGCAGCCUGCGAAAGGGUUGCAGUAUCCAUUUCCCAGCCACCCACCGUUGGUUUGUCCUGCUAGUGGCGCAUCGCCCAAUAGCUCAGAACACAGUAAUAGUAGCAAGCAGGAUUCAACUCCAGCUCCAGCUGUUGGAGCAGCAGCUGUAGGAGUUACAACACAACCAUCAACAAAACCAAAGACUAAUUCUAUAACAAAAAGCUUAAGUUUGCCUGGCGAUAAGAUGUCUUCCGUCCCAGUGGCGACAGUGGUAGCUACAGCGACGCUAGUGAAUACGUCAACGCCCACGGUGACCCAUUCAGUAGCACAGCCUUCAAGGGUUCUUGUUAAAUCCGCCUCGGUUCCAGGCAGCACAAACAUUGGUACAAUUAAAACAACAACCACAACCGGUAGCAGUUCCUCCCACUCGACUACGUCAUCUUCCAUUCAAAAGCAACAUCAGCAUCAUAACCAUGCCGUUGAUGAAGAGAUGGUGACAGCAGCAGCAGCGGCGGCGUCGACGACGACAGCUUCGGCGAACACGACGGCAACACCAACGCCAAAGGUUAAACACUCUACAUCGACAUCAUCGAGUAGUAGCAGAAAAGGCUGUGACAAAAGCGAAAGAAGCUACAAACAUAACCAUCGCAGUGACUCGACAAACAGUGAAAAGAAAUCCUCGUCGACAAAGAACGAUAAAGUGAAAAGCGAAUCGUCAACGGAACGAAGAAAACAUUCUGUUUCGUCUGUAACGUCAGUAACGGCAGAAGAAUCGGCACCUGCUCAAUCUGCGACAAUUUCUGAAAGCGAAAAAGUUUUCGACCAGAAACACCAGCAACACGAUGAGAAAGAUAAAGAAAAGGAUAAGGAACAACGCCAGGAGCGUGAGAGACUAGAGAAAGAAAGAGAAAAAGAAAAGCAACAACAGAAGGAAAAAGAGCGGCGAGAAAAAGAGCUCAAAAAGCAAAGAGAGCGGGAAGAGAAAGAGCGUGAAGAAAGAGAACGAAAGGAGCGUGAAGAGCAACAGCAACGUGAACGUGAGCGAGAACGUGAACGUGAGCGAGAGCGUGAACGUGAGCGAGAACGUGAACGAGAACGUGAGCGAGAACGUGAGCGCGAAGAAAAAGAAAAAGAGCGCAAGGAAAGAGAACGACGUGAUCGUGAAGAAGCUGAACGCAAAGAAAAGGAGCGGGAAGAACGUGAACGACGCGAAAAACAGGAACGUGAACAGAAAGAGCAAGAAGAGAAAGAGCGGAGAGAACGCGAACGUCGUGAAGAACAACACGAACGCAUGUAUCGUGAACAACAACAAAAGCGCCAAGAACAAGAACGGCGUGAGCGAGAACAGCAACAACAACCGCAACUGCAACCAGCCCUACCUCUUGAGCCACCCAAAGACGUUCCAACGCCAGCACCCCCUCCGAACGAAUGCAAUGAAAAGGAGAACCGCCAAAAUCACGUCCGUGCCGAUGGGAGCGAUCUCACAAGCAGCGCAGACACCCUCGAUUUUGAAAAACGAUUCUUUCGCCACAUGCAGCACUUCGAAGACAAACACAACAAAGAGAACAGCGGAGAUGACAUACUCUUGCCGUCUUCUGAUGGCCAAAAGAAUCGUAGUCGCAAAUCUUCGCGAAAUUCUCCCAUUCGUUUGCCAAAGCGUCGCCUUAGCUCGCAAGAUAGCAUGGACACAACUGAAGAUCCAGCGAAACGUGUUCGCAUCACUUCUUCUACUGAGACUUCCGCAAACCUGAUGAACAAUCACAAAAUCAGCGACCGCAGAGACUCGAAGGAUCCCAAUUCCAAAAAGCACCACAAGUCAUCCUCGUCUUCCCACAAGAACUCCAAUGAUGAGAAGCUGCAGUUGCAGCUUAAUGAUGCAACAUCUGCUGAGCACAGAUAUCGGAAAGAUUCUGGAUUCGAAGAGAAGAAGUUCAAAAAGAGUGAUCCGGGUGCCUUCUCAAUGCUGAUGCAACGUUUUAAGAAGCACAAUAAUAAGGACGAGAAAGAUGUCGUUACAAACAACGUCAGUGAGAAACACGAAGAGCAUCAAUUUGGUGGCAAUAGUCAACCCGAAGAGUUGGAGAAUGUGGCGCCUAAGACUCCCCAACACACGGGCGCAGCCUCUUCGGAUGAUGAGGAACGUCAACGGCAACAGUCGCAACACCAUCAUCAUCACCACCAGCGACACAAGAGCAAGCGUGAACACAGAGAAAAGAAACGUCACAGCAUUGGAGACUUUGAAGACCGCGAAAAGAAAGAUCAAUGCGAAUCAUCAACCCGCCACCUCGACCGAAAGUCUUCCCGCUCUGAUGAGGGCUCACACUCUCAUCAUCGCCACCAACAGCACCAUCCGCCAAAGCCAUCAUCGUCAUGUGGCAGUAAUAGUGGAGGAGAAAAGUCAUCCUCACAUCGCAACAAAUCGACCCCAACAAGCCGCCUCAUGCUGAGCGAUUCCAACGACUCAGAUUCGGAUGCACAGACGUCCAAAAAGCAUUCCAUAUUCGAUAUCCCCGACGAAGGACCCUACGUUUCUAUGUACGACAAAGUGAAAGCUCGUUCUUGCAAAAACAUGCAGAAGCAAGAAGAGGAGAAGAAAAUCAAAGCUAAAUUCUCCCAACUGAAGCAGUGUCGAGCGAAGCGAGAGGAAAAGAAGCGUUCCACGUCCUACGAUGGAGAUUCCGACUCUGACUUUGAAGAUCGCCAACAGCGCUAUCGCAGUGGCUACAAGUUAAACCGCUGUGGUGGCUUCAUAAGCUCCUCCGACGAAAGCGUAAUCAUUCAACGGCGAAUCAGUGCAACUGGCUGCAACAACAUAUCCGAUGACUCAGAUUCAGACACUCGUCGCAUGAGCUUCAAUCGCAAACGCCUCAACGAACUCUGCGAUGCUGAUGAUAGUUCCGAAACGGGCAUCUACAUCCGAAAAAACUCAUCUUCCUGCAAGAAGAUCUCAUCGAAGCGAAACUCGCGGUCCACCCGCAUAGAAUCAGAUUCAUCCGAUAUGGAUGUGGAGCCGCCAACUCAGACCUCCUCUGUGAAACUAGAAAACAUCGAUACCGAAGAUGUCGUUGAACAUAAAUUCAAGCCUGAAAUCAAGACUGAACAUUCCGAAGACGAACAUGUUCAGACUUUAGUGAAGACAGAAAAAAUCAAAUCCGAAGUUGAAGAUGCCGAAGACGAUGAAGAACAACCAAAUGUUCUUGCUCCUCCACCAGUGUCUAUGGUAUGUGAGAUUAAGAAGGAAAGCAAAGACUUCUUCGAAAUGAUCACAGAAUCCGACAACAACAACGUUCACUCCGAAAGUGCUCUCGAAAGCAAAGAAUCCAUAUUCGAUUCGCACUACUCGCCCGAAGGCAGGAGAAGACACAAGAAGAGCAAAAAACGACAGAAGACCCCUCUUCCAUUGGAUAGUGACACAAAUGUGUCGGAGAAAUUGGAAAAAGUUGAGACAACUGAAAAGUUCGAGGCUAAUUGCUCAGCACCCAAGAUGGAUCUCUUUGAUAAACUAAAAGAGGAAACCCUCGUUACGACGGCAGCCCCAGUUCUGGCAGCGCAAGUCCAAGUCAACAAUAUCGCCAAUCCCCCAACAACACCAACAACAAUUCUAAGCGAGAAGAAGCGGCAUAAAGAUCGCAAAGAUAAGAAACGAGAGAAGUUUCGCAGUGUUGAUUUCGACAAGUCGACCCUAUCCAAAGAGGAGCGACAUCGGCUCAAGAAGUCUAAGAAAUCCAAGAGUACCGACCUUACACGUUACACUCCUUCGUCUGCUGCUAACACAACACCCUCCAUCAAUACAGUUUCAUCGCAAAAUCAAAAGAAAACUGAAGAAAAAAUGGAGUACAUCUUUGGGCCGAUAUCGGACGGGGAAGAAUCCCAGCUGUCUGGCAGUGAACCGAUUGUCCACACGAAAGCCGAAUGUGGUCCUGUGGUGUCUGCUGCAAUAAAUCCCUACAAAACUGAACCUCUCACACCCAAAUCACACACGGUGGAGGAGAAUGAAGAAAACAAGCAGAAGACGUUGAGUACAUCGCACGUGGAGCGUGAACGACACCGCAAAGAGAAACGAGAGAAGAAACGCAAAGAGCGAGAGAAGUCUCGCGAGCAACACGCUCUGGCAGCUCUCCAAACCUCGGUGUCCGCACAUACCACAGCAAAAGUGGAAGAUGAUAAUAGUGUGGACUUGGACGAAGCCGGUCGAGCGCUCGAAGCCCAACUAAUGGAAGAUUCUGAUAAUAAAAUGACUGAUGAGACGACGCCUUCAACUGCAGCGACAUAUCGAAGCGAUAUGACAGACGUCUUUCGGUUUUCCGAUGGUGACGAAAACAGUAUGGAGGUUAUUCCGCCUCAGCCGGCGACGGGAACGGGAACAACGGAAAAGAAAGACAUUUCUCACCAGCCGCAACAACCCCAACAUCAGGAUCACCACAAAAACAAAGAGAAGAAGAAGAAAAAGAAGCGCUCCAAGGAGGAACGUCAUCAUCAGCGAAGAGAACAUCACCAUAACCAACAAUCACAGCAGCAGCAGCAAAUGGACGAGGAAGCAAUUAUGUCACCUCCUCCAUUGUGCUCGAGCAAGCUGUCAAUUGACAUUGAGGAUGAGCUCAAAGAUCCUGCUCCGAUUUGUAAGCCCUCCCCAAGCCUGCCAUGUCUCUUUGAUGAUGAUGUGCCGACCAACACUAAUGCUAACACAAACAUUGCGAAGACAUCGGCAGAUAUGCUCCUGAGGUCUCCAAUCAGAGAAAAGACUUUGAUCAGUCCUAUUCCGAAGACUCCAACCCUAAUAUCGUCUGCAGUCACACCGCCGACAGCUGUUCUCACUACGACAACACCUCCUUCGUCUAAGGUCGGCGCGUCGAUGGCGAUGACCAAACCGACCAUGUCGCCAGUGAUUGAAUCAAAGAAGAAGCCUGAGAACUUCAUUCCUGGCUUCGAUGGUGAACUUGACGAGAAAAUCAGCGAGUCAGCAGUGCAGUCGAUUUCGGCUGACUUCACUGCGUCAGCAAUUGAUUCAAUUGUCGAUGUAGAACCAAAGAUUCCAGUGCAAAGUCCACCAGACGCUUCCAAACAUCUCGAGAAAAUAGAAGAAAAGUCACGAGUUGUUAUUUCCCAGGAAGAAACCGAAGAUGCAGUAGCUGCUCUUCUUGGUGAGAGUUUCGGCAACUCCAGCACCGUUGACUACUCGCUCACUGAUGAUCCUUGUGAUUUACAAUCGACAGCAAUUGAUGAGGUGGUAUCGGAGACAGUCGAAGAAGAGCAAUCGGCUGCAGUGAUUCCUGAGGAAGACGCUGAAGAAAUGUUGAAAGCGGUUCAAUCUCUUAGCAAUGAAGACAUCGACAUAAAGGCAGACACUCCACAGUCAGAACAAGAUUUGCAAAUCGACACCGACACUGAAGAGUCACCCGAAGAUGAAAGACCCAAGACACCAGAUGUAGACUUCGAUCGGUUGAAGGGUAAGAAGUCUGAACCAGAGAUCUCCAGUAAAGAGUCCAAAGAAGCUAAGAAAACAUCGUCUGAAGCCACAACUUCAUCGGUAAUAACCAAAGUGACAGAUUCCACUAAGGAUGAAGAAAAGAAACCAUCACCGGAGCUUCUGAAGAAACCUCUUCCGCCUAAAAUCGAACCACCGACAAUUACGAAAGAUCAGCCGGCCGUACAACCAGUGCAAACUAUCCUUCAGCCUCCGCAGCAACAGACCUCGCCGAUUAAGAUCGAAAAUACAUCGCUACAAAUACAACCUCUGAAGACGAAUGCCAACACAGCAGUGGCACCUCAAUCACCAAAAACUCCUGCAUCUUCAAGUCAAUCGGUGUUGAUAGCUCGACCGCAAUUCACCAUUCAACCGCCAUCAAUCAGUAUUCCCGAUUCGCAGCCAACACACUUCGUGCAUCCCGCCAUAAAUGUUGUCGUUUCCCCGAGAUCCACAACCGAUCACAAGAUGCAUUCGCCUCGGGCCCAACAACAACCGCCUUCGCCAUCUAUCAGCGGCGUUCGUGUGCCAUCUCCGCAUAGUCCAAAUGUUCAGCAGCGUGGUGCUUCCAAUAUUCGUCAGCAGUUGAGUCCGGUAACGUCGCCGACGCCACCUCAGCCCCAAGUGAUCCUUCAGCAGAGGCAGUUAAUGUCACCGCCCUGCACUGCUCCACCACAAACCAGUAGUCCGGGUUCCAUGGCGGCUGGACUUAAUCGAAUGACAGUUACUUCAGUGGCAUCUGUGCUAUCUCCAGCAACCAAGGCCAGUGUUCAUCCAGUGGUGGUUCCAAAUGUAAUCAAUGCCACCAGCAACAUGAACGUCCUAACUACCACAGAAAAGCCCGAGAACAAAGACAGCAAACACUUGAAGAAUCAUCAAGCAUCGCCUAUGAAGACGAAUACUUUCGAACAACACAUGAUUCAACAGCAAAGCUCCUCGCCAGUGGCAAAUAAAGCAGGUCAACCUGGUCAAAAUGCUUAUGGUAAUUCGCCACAGCAACAGGCCUCGCUAUCACCACUUCGGAGGUCACCGCAUGUCAUGCAGUUAUCUAAGCACACCCAGCAAAUCAUGCACCAGCAUAUGCUUCACAUGAUAGACGCUCAACAGCAGCAGCAACAUCAGUUUUUGGAAAUGCAGCUGCAGAUGAUGAAUGCUCAGCAAAAUACUUCGCAACUGAAACAGCAUCAAGCACAACAACCUCCACAACAGCAACAGAGAUUGUUGCAGACUUUGCAUCCUCCUCCAUCAUCGACCAGUAGUGGGGUGGCUACGAGUUCGGCAAGUACUACAAGUAUGCAGCAUAGCAGUAACAGUGCCAGAGAUGCUAUUGGGCGGCCACUACAACAACAAUCGCCACAUGUUGUGAUUGUACGUCAGCAGCAACAACAACAACAACAGCAGCAACAACAACCAAGCCCUCAAAUGCCUCCAAUACAAAAGGUAUUGCUUCAACCUCAGCAACCACAGUUGAACGCCAAGCCACAAGCUCCUAUAAUUAUGCAGCAGCAGCAACAACAACACAAAAUGUCACCAACACCUAACAUUAUCGUUCAACAGAAACAACCUAUGCCAACGUCCACCUUCAUACCGCAACAGCAACAACAACAGCCUCCUCAACAGAUCCAACCUCAGCAACAACCAGUGACACCUCAGCAAGCUAUGCCACAUCAACAACCGGCACAGCAUGUACAACCUAUACAACUCCAAAAGCAACAACCCCCACAGGCCAUGCAACACCUGCCGUUGCAGCAGCAACAACAGCAGAUGCACCCUAGACAUCAGCUGCCACCGCAGCCUCAAGCUGAACAACAACCGAAUACGGUCAAACCUACACAACAAGAAUUACCUCCAUUACAGAAGGCUCAUGCACCGCACAUGCCACAAUUACUCCAUGACGAACCCGUGGCAGUGGUCACCAAGCCAACUGCUCUAGGUAAGGAAUCAGCUCCUCCCAAGGCAAAUGAUUCCGAUCUAACAAAGACGUUGGAUAAGCCUCCAACUCCAACGGUCGUUCUUCCAUCGUCUGAUAUCAAACCAACUGAAGCCGCCAAGCCAGUUGAAGAAAAUGUUUCGGUUAUAAAGAAUCAACCUACAAAACCUGCGGCUGCUGUCUCUCCCAUGCAGAUGCAGCAGCAACAACAAAAUAAAGAAAGAUCUCUGUUGACGGAAGAAAAUGUGACUAAGAUUUCUCCACCGAAAGAGGAUGAAAUCGAACAAGAUUCCAAAGAGGACAGUGACUAUUGGUCCGCCAAGGAAUUGAACAUUGAUUCUGUGAUAAAGAAGGUUGAUGCUGCAAUUUUCUCUAACGAAGAAAAGAAAGCUCCAAAUACUGACGCAAAUCCAAAUCCAAAGCCUUCUCCUAUAAUCACUUUAGGUGUUGAGAAAGUUGAGAAGAAAGAACAGAGCAAAGCUCCCGUAGUUACUGCAGUCAACGUUGAAGAGAAACCACACAACUCUUCGGCGAACAUGGACAUCAGUGAAACUGAACGUGGAGGUGACGACACUCACGACGAUGAUGACGAUACCACUGAAGAGAGCCAAAGCGAAACUACUGACACAUCCGGCACUGGCAAGCAAUUGCGAGGAACGACAACGGCCAAGCGUGGACGUACACCGCGAGGUGGCAAGAAGUCCUCGGGUAUCGUGGCAGCCAUUUCCCCUCCAGAUUCAGGGGUGCAAACUCGUCGAGCCAAAAUACCACCAAGUACACGUGGUCGCAAAGGUCGUCCACCAACCAAAUCGCUUCCACCAAUUCAGCACCAGACGCCACAGUCAACUCUGUCCCCGGUGGUGCUAGAUAAGAAACGCAAUGCCGUCUCGGCCAGUGAUCAAGACGUUUAUGAAUUCCAUGAAGACUCGGGCGAAGAAACACAACCGAAACCGGCAACAUCGUCUGCGGUUUCUGGUGAUCGUCCUCGUCUGAUUUUAACCAUAAAAAGUCCAGGUCAACCGGCUGCAGCUGCGGUUGUGAAGUCAACUGAAAAGGAAGCUGUGGCACCGGUAGAAGCACCCAUAUCAUCGCCAUCUCAACAAUCAGUGGCAACACCGCUUCAGCGACCACAAUCGCCUUCGACACCUGAGCCAACUGAAGGUCACAUGAAAGACUCCAAGAAAGACUUUCAAACACCCAACACUCGGAAGUCUCGGCGUCUUCAAGAGAAAGAUCGCACUACAGUUGAUGACAUCAUUGAAGAUGUUGUCCGCAAUGCUCAGACAUCGCCAAAAGGUGGGCAAACACCACCGCGUAGGUCAACUCGAAUUGCCCAGCCUAAGAAGCCAGGCCAGCCAACGGAGCUGUUGAAUAAUUCUUCAACACCAAAGCUUCGAAGAUCCAAGGAUCGCUCAAAGGUUGGUGGGGGAGAAAAUUCCUCCGAAGCUGAAGAUAAGUUUGACAAACUUAAAUCUCCACCACAUACAGACGAAGAUAUUAGUGCUGAAAAAAUAUCCGAACCCGAAAAGAAGGAGUUGUCUGACAAGAUUGAGGCCGGAACAGAAACAAAAUUGGUUGCAAAUUCAACACCAACAUCCACGCCAGCGGCAACGUCAACGGCACCUACAACAACUGGUCCGAGUGUUGUUCAAACAAUCACAGAAGCCAAGACAGUAGUAUCAAAUUCUACUCUAACACCAGCAAUGAAGGAGUCGUUUUUGAUAGAUCCCGUCACUGGUCUUCUUACUCUGGUCAAUCAAGCCAAGGAGAAUCAAUCUGGUGGAAGUGCCCAGAAACAACAAUCGAUCGUGGAGAAGAAAUCCAUGCCAUCAACUCCAGCUCCUCCAUUGGUUGUACAAUCGCCAUCCGUGUCUAAAGAACCAAUUAAAGUAGUUGUUGAAUCUGAAAAGGUAACACCAUUUGCAUCAGUUGGAACUUCUGGUGCUAGUCACGUAACACCAAAGGUUGAGCCUCCUCCGCAACAACAAACAAAUCCACCAUCGCAACCGAUGAGUGUAGUUGUAAAGUCGACCAACAGUCAACAGCCUCUUGGUAAUUUACCGAUGAUGCCACUUGCUCCGCAGGUUAAUGUUGUGUCGCAAAAUCAACCACAAUUGCAACAACAACAGCAACAACAUAUUCCGAAACCACAUACAAUUGUAGUGCAACAGGUGCAACCGCCAUUGCAGCCACAAUUGACCUCUACCCGGCCUACUACUCUUAAGGCCCAUGUGCUGAAUAGUCAAAAACAUCAGCAUCAUCAACAACAGCAACCAAAACAGCACCAACAACAACAGCAUCAACAACAACAGCAACAACAACAUCAACAACAACAGCAUCAGCAACAACAACAACACCAGCAGCAACAGCAGCAACAACAACAACACCAUCAUCAACAGCAACAGCAACAACACCAUCCAGCCCAGCAAUUAAGUCAAAAUGUUGUUAAAAUGGGUCAUGCCAAUCCAGCUCAGUCACAGGCGCAUCCUAAUCAACAGCCACACAUUGUUGUGACUAACGCUAGUCAUGUGAUUCAAUCAAAUAUGGUAUCACGUCAUCUUCAACACUCAGCUGGCCUGGGAGGCUUGCAACCACAGCUACCAUCAGCGCCAACUGCAGUGUCACAUCCUAAUUUGGUAGUAAACAUUCCACCAGCUCAUUCACCGCACGGCACAGUUCAUUCGCCAAGAAUCCAACAAGGCGUUGUAAUAAAGCAAGGAGUGCCGCCCGUGUCCCAGCAGCAAUCGCAACAACAACAUUCGCAACUGCAUCCGACAUCAUUUGGUGGACCUCAACAACAGCCACCCCAGCAACAAUUCCAUCCUCAACAAAUCGUUCAUGUUGUAUCUUCGAAAGCACCAACCUCACACCAACAAUUGCAGCAGCAGCAGCAACAUCAUACGCAGCAUCAACAACAUCCACAGCAACAUCAGCCGGUGGUGAUGCACAGCAAACAAUUGCCGCAACAGCAGCAACAACAUCCACAAAAUCAGCCAUACGGUCCAUCACAAACACAACAACAGUUGGUCCAAGGUGGAAAGAUCAUCCAACAGCAAUCGACAAUACAAACCGUAGGCAAGCAGCAACAACAACACUCGGCGACUAUUCAAGUUCCGAUACCCCAUGCGCAUCUGCAUUUGCAACAACAACAACAACAACAACAUCAGCAACAGCAACAGAAGCCGCCCUUAUCGGGGGUACCUAUUGUGACGCAUCAGCAGAUUAUAAAGCAACCAGUGCCACAGCAACAGACACCUCAGCAUCAUUUGGUUCAACAACAGCAGCAGCAACAACAACAACCCCCAUCACAACAGCAUCACUUAUCAGUGAAACAACAACCUGUUCAAGCACAGCCAUUGGUCUUGACCAGUCAGGCUGUAGCCGGUGCCAGUGGCAACACCUCCACAAACACAAGCAUUAUAUCAGGCUCCCAGCAUAUAAUGGCCCAUUCACACCAAUCCUCCCACUUGCAUGCACCACCAACCGGUGCAUCUUUGCUCCAAGCCAAACCAGCACAUCAGCAGCAAGUAGUACCGCCUGCCGGUAAGGCUGUCAUUGGUCUACAAGCCCCACAAAUAAUGACAGGCGCUGUAGCAAGUCCACCGCUUAAACAAGCGCAUCUUGCCGCUCAGCAGCCAGUUGUAACUGGUGCAAGCAGUCUUAGGGCGACCGUGCCACCAAUUAGCCCACAAGGACAAUCAAGGCACUUGUUGCAACCUGGUCUGCCAGUUCCUGCUUUUGAAGCAAAUAUUCACGAAAUUGGAAAUUAUAGUUCAACUCGUUCCCAAAGUCCACCGCCUGCCCAUCAGCAGGCGACACCUAUUACAGCGGGUGAAGGGCCUUUUCCACCUGGUGCUAUGAGGGGAGUUACUCGCGAACAAAUUCUAAUGUAUCAACAUAUUUUGCGAGCUCAAGAUGCACUUGGUACAGCAAGAAUUCCAUAUAUUGCAAGAACACCUUUAUUACCUGGUGCUACUGAUCAGAAAGAUGUUGUUGAACUGGAUGAAUCAAUGGUGGCUAGUCCACCGCUUGAAUUGCGCCGACCAGGAAGUGUACCGAGAACUGUUGCAGUACCGCAUAGUUUGCAGAGUCCUCAGGAUAGAGCAACAGAUUCACCACAAGUUGCUCAAGUGUACGUUCACAACACCCGUAUUCCACAUCCUCACUUUCCAGAAGUUCCGGGACGCUAUUACGAACCAGUUCGUCAAUUGCCAGCCGAACCGCCACCAGCUCAUAGACCAUCGCACAGUGUUGUUGCUCCAACUUCAUCUGGAUUUGUUGCACAAGCUGCUGGCCCAGCAAAUCAUUCGCACUUGCAUCCCAAGAUAUUCGAUCGUGAACGCGAGCGUGAACGUGAACGAGAUCGCGAACAAAGAGAACGUGAACAACGCGAACGUGAACUCAGAGAUCAACGUGAUCCUCGUGAUUUAAGAGAAAAAGAAAGAAUAUCAAUUCCAGGAGGUCAUACAAGUAUGCCAAGUCAUGACAGUUUGGUGCCAGCCUUGCCAACACCAACUGGUAGAAGCCUUCAAGUUGCUACCCCACCACAUGCAAGUCAAGUACCACCACCGCAACCUGACUCAUUGUUGACGCUUCUUCAGCGAUACCCAGUCAUGUGGCAAGGUCUGUUGGCUCUGAAGACCGAUCAAGCUGCCGUACAGAUGCAUUUCGUUUUUGGAAACCCCUUGGUGGCGAGGGCAUCGUUGCCGUGCAAUAGUGAUGGCAGUACACCACCGUUACGUAUCGCCCAGCGAAUGCGAUUGGAACAAACUCAAUUAGAAGGAGUUGCUAAGAAAAUGCAGUACGAAAACGAACAUUGUAUGCUGCUGGCUCUUCCAUGUGGUCGCGAUCAUGCCGACGUCCUGCAGCAGUCGCGUAAUCUUCAAACCGGAUUUAUCACAUACCUCCAGCAAAAGAUGGCGGCUGGAAUUGUUAACAUACCCAUGCCAGGUAGUGAGCAAGCCGCCUACGUAGUUCACAUAUUCCCAUCAUGUGACUUUGCCAACGAAAAUCUUGAACGUGCGGCACCUGAUCUUAAAAAUCGCGUCGCUGAAAUCGCUCAUCUACUUAUCGUUAUAGCAACUGUGUAAAUCGAAGAAUCGAACUUCGCAAAAUCGCACAAAACUCAGCCAGGUAAACAUUGAAAAAAAACCAAACAAAAGCAAACUUUACUCAAAAACUAGUGAAAGACUAGAUUUUCGAGAACCUACUACGACUAUAUUAAUACUGCAAAAACAAACAGUUAAAUUAAUCACGGCCCAAUAUAAUAUACACAUCUAUUUAACAAAUAAUGCUUUAUACGUGUAUAUAUAUUUAUUUAACAACAAAUAAAAUAAAUUAAACAAUGAUGCACAUCAACACCAAAAAAAAAAAACAAAACAAAUUACUAGACUUAGACGAAUAAAACUAAAAAACUAAAACUAAAUGAAAUAUUCUGAAUAUAACCAGUAGAAAAAACAAAAACAAGCAAAAGAAGAAGAAGAAGAACUUUGUAUUUAAGUUUAAAAUAAAAUUAUGUAAUAAUAAAAACACACAAGAGGAUUAUAAUAAAUAAAUUAAAUAACAACAAAAUGUAUAAAUAGGUUAAAAAUUAAAAAAAAAAACAACAAAAAGAAAAUAGUUAGCUAUACAUAAAAUAUUAAACAAAUAAAAUUGUAAAAAAAUAUAACAACACACAAUUAUGAAAAAGUGUAUUAAAUUUAAAUUUAAAAAUAAAAAACAAACAAAAUCUUUUGUAAAAUUGAACGAAAAGAAAAACAACAAACAAAAAAGAGAAACAUAAAAAAGAAAACAUGCUUAUUUGGAUACAAAACAAAAGUGAAGAUAUAAUUUAAUUUUUUAUAUAUAUAUAUAUUUAAAUGUUUUUAUUUCUUAUUUUAAAUAGGUUAAACAUUAUAAAUACACAAAACAAAAAACAAACGAUAAAAUAAUAUUUUUUUAUUUGAUCUCAAUAUUUGAAUAUGUAUAUAUGUUAUCUACUAUUCCUCUUUUUCUCCCCGCCCUUAACUUAUAUAGAAAACAAAAAAAAAACUAAAAACAAAAUAAGCAAAUGUAUAUGUUCUUUUUUUAUAAUAAUUAUAAUAAUUUUCUUUUUUUUAAGUUUGAAACUAUUUAAUUUUUUUACUGUAAACAUUUAACAAAAAAAAAAAAUGUGAAUAAAAAACACAAAAAUGACAAAAAUGUGUGUGUGUGUGUAAAUAUGAUGAUGUUUUUUUUCUGUUGAAAAAAAAAAAAUAAUUUGUUGUUCUUUUUGUUUCAAAAAAAAAUAUAAACAAAACAAAAUUAUGUUUUUUCUGUUGUAAAGGAAAAAGAAGAACAAAAUUUAUUUAGUUGUUGAAGUUCAAAUAACAAAAUUUGUAAUAUUCUUGCUCUACCCUUGCUUUUUUUUUUAAAAAACUAAACCAUUUUAAAUGUGAGUAUUGGUUCAAGACCCGUAUUUUCAAAAGGAUUAAAUAGUUUUCCGCAUAUUUUAACUUGUUUAGGCCAAUUUUGAUAAAACAUUAACAAUCGCUUCACAAACUUUACGUUUUCUUCUUGAUAACAAAGUGUCAAAGAAUUUUUAGAAGAAUGUUUGUCUCUUAAAAAUAUACCAUUUUUUGUAUUGCUACAUUUUAGGUUCAAUUGAUUUUAAUUUUUAAAGUACAUAAUUCGUCAAUGUCCAUAGUCAUUCAACAAAUUUUUAAAAAAGUAGGAAAACUUUCUUUUUGUCUUUAUGUGAUUCAGAAAUGAAAUGCAUUAAUUAAAAAAAUUCAUGGUCAAAGAGAAAGAGAGAAAUUACUACAGAUUACCUUUUGAUCGCAUCCGAAAGUAAGAUAUAAAUAUAGAUAAGAUAAACUAAACGGCCAGAUAACAUUAAUCAAUCGAUCGAGUCUUCUUAUGAAAUCUGAGCCCAAGAUAAAAUAUUGGGUCAUUCCUAAAUUGCAAGGCAUACUUUUGACAUAAUUGGGUCAUUCGUGAAUCUCCCUGGAAAUUUGAUUUCCCCUGGAAUUUUUUGUUCCCUCGGAAUUGUUUCCUUAAUCGGGAAUUUUUCUGGGGAUAAUAAAUUUUCCUCGAUCAAAAAUUCUAUGCAAUUAGAUCACAGCUGUAUUACCCGAUAGCAAGUAAUUUCGAGGGAAACUUUUAAGCAUUAUUUAUGUUCUCGAUUUUCGAGUAGAGGAAAUAUUCCGAGGGAUAUUUUUAUUUAUGAUAGCCCCCAAUAAAAUCUACCAAUUGUUCAUAAACUGAUGUCGUUACUUUAA